AUGAUAUUGAAAUUGAAACCUGUUGUAUUUCUACCUAAAGAUUAUAUUUGUCGAAAGGGUGAAGUCGGUAAAGAAAUGUACAUUGUAAAAAGUGGUGCAGUUGAAGUUGUUGGCGGUCCAAAUAAUUCCAUUGUAUUUGUUACACUUAAAGAAGGCAGUGUAUUCGGUGAAAUAAGUUUAUUGGCAUUAUCUGGUAAGAAUAGAAGAACAGCUGAUGUAAGAUCAAAAGGUUUUUCAACAUUGUUUAGUUUAUCUAAACAAGAUUUUGAAGAAAUUAUGAAAAAUUAUCCACAAGCACAUGAAUUAUUAAAGAAACGAUCACAACGAAUGCUUAAUCGAGACAAGAAAAAAGCAACCAAUGAAGCAGUGAAAGUGAAAAAAAAAUUACACAAAGAAAAAAGUCAUGAAUUACAUGAUGGCGAUGAUGAUGAUGAUAAUGAUAAUGAAGCAAUUAUCGAAAUUAUACCUGAAAGACCUGCUACACCAAAAUUAAUUGAAACCGUAGUUAAGGUUAUUGAAUCUGCUUACCCAGAAAAAACAAUAGCAAAACGAUUGAUGGGUAGUUUUUCAAGUGAUGUAGGAGUAAUUCGACGUAAAUCCAUUUAUACAAUCAAACCAAGUGUUAAUGCAUCCGCUAACAUGAAAUCUUCAAUUUUAACUAAGAAUGAAGAUGAUGCGAUUAAUUGUAAUGCAAAAAGCUGUUUAUCUUCUUUAAUAAUUGUCAUUCUUGUUUUUCUAUCCUGUUUUCAUUUUCUUACUUACUUAGAUGGUUGUGCCAAACGUGAAUGCCGUUUUGGUGCAAUUUGUGAAGAAUGGUUUUCAAAAGAUUCAGAUCAAUUUAUUGGUGUUUGUGUAUGUCCAACAUUAAUGGAUAUGGCUAGAAAUCAUAUGUGUAAUAUGAAUAGUGGUACAAUAUGUACAAUCAAUGGUUUAUUUUAUUUAAAUGAAUGUGUUAUGUUACAUCAAGCUUGUUUAAAACAAACUGAAUUGAAACGAAUGAAUUUAAAUGUUUUCAGUAGAAUAUUAUCACAAAAUGAUUGUAGUCAAUUGAUUGAAAAAACAUCUUCAGCUGCUGCUGCUGCUUCUAUUCCUACUGCCGCGUCCAAUGAUCAACUUCCUAUAAACAAUAUCAAUAAACAAUUUACGUCGAACAGAAAUCCCGCUAGUUCUAUUCAAAUCCGUAAAAAUUCUCAUCACCCAAAAACUGAUGAAAAUCCACAACAUGAUUCACCUCAAUCAAAUCAUUUAACUUCAUUAGAAUUUAUCAAUUCGAUUCAAAAUAAUCCAUAUAAAUGUUCAAUAAAAAUUUGUUCGAAUGAAUUAAAUCCAAUUUGUGAUUUAGAUGGUACAGUGUAUCAGAAUGAAUGUUGUUUAAAAAAAUAUACAUGUCAAAAAUUUGGCAGUGAUAAAUUGUCACGAAUUAUUCCAUGUAAUUCUACACUUCAAAGUAAGUUUUAUAUAAUUUCAAAAAAAUUAAAUCAUAUGCAUUGA